CCCGGCCUUCCUGGACUACCUAAGUUCUCUGAGAGAGUCUCCGCGGUGUGCUUCUUCCUCGCGGCAGUUUCCGUAGCCUGGGCGGGGAGGCCGCGGGGCUGCGGGCGGGCGGGAUGAGCGCGGUGCGGACGCUGCGGGUGCCGGGCCGUCACGGCUACGCCGUCGAGUUCUCCCCAGGGACAUUUGUGGUAGUUAAAGCAGGUCUAUACUGCUUAAUACUUCAUCUUAGGUGUCCCCUGGAAAGUCCAACAGCAUGGCCUUAUUUUCUUUCUUUUUUUCCUUUAGGCUGUGGAACCCUUUUAGUAUUGGAUCAAACUGAAUCUGGACUACAGAUUUUUAGAAGCUUUGACUGGAAUGAUGGAUUGUUUGAUGUCACCUGGAGUGAAAACAAUGAGCAUGUCCUUGUCACCUGUAGUGGUGAUGGCUCACUGCAGCUCUGGGAUACUGCCAAAGCCACAGGGCCCCUGCAAGUCUACAGAGAACACACUCAGGAGGUGUAUAGUGUUGAUUGGAGCCAAACCAGAGGUGAACAACUUGUGGUGUCUGGCUCAUGGGAUCAUACUGUCAAAGUGUGGGAUCCAACUGUUCAGAAUUCUCUGUAUACCUUUAGAGGGCAUGAAAGUGUCAUUUACAGCACAAUCUGGUCUCCCCACAUACCUGGUUGUUUUGCUUCAACCUCAGGUGAUCAGACUCUGAGAAUCUGGGAUGUGAAGACUGCAGGAGUCCGAAUUGUGAUUCCAGCACAUCACACAGAGAUCCUGAGCUGUGACUGGUGUAAAUACAACGAGAACCUGGUGGUGACAGGAGCGGUUGAUUGUAGUUUGAGAGGCUGGGACUUAAGGAAUGUACGACAACCUGUAUUUGAACUUCUUGGUCACAAGUAUGCUAUUAGGAAGGUGAAAUUUUCUCCAUUCCAUGCUUCGGUGCUGGCCUCCUGUUCCUAUGACUUCACUGUAAGAUUCUGGAAUUUUUCAAAGUCUGAUCCACUUCUGGAAACAGUGGAGCAUCAUACAGAGUUUACUUGUGGCUUAGAUUUCAGUCUCCAGAGUCCCACUGAGGUAGCUGACUGUUCCUGGGAUGAAACCAUAAAGAUCUAUAACCCUGUUUGUCUCACGGUUCCUGGCUAAGAUAUGCCACCCUAGUCUGAACUGGGAUAUUGACCGAUGAACUACUUAACAAAGCAUUAAUUACCGAAAGGAUAUAAAUCAGGCCUUUAUAGAUUCUAAGAUUUCAGAAUUUUCAAACUUUCUUUGAAAUCAGUUUUAAGGCAGCUGAUAAAGACAUUGUAUUAUAUUGUAAGACAUAAGCCAUAUUUUCUGUAAUCAUAAAGAAUAAUUAUUGUUAUGACAUAUAUUGUAAUGUCUAUUAAAAUGUUAUCUCUGUAUUGUAAAAUGGACAAAAAUAUGGGAGGUUAGUAGAUUACAUGGACAGUAAUAUAUUUCAUUUCAAAAUUUGUCAUUUUGAAUGUAAAAUAUGACCAUUCUUAUCGAUAAAUAUAAAAAUAAACUGCAUUUCAUGAUUGUAUAUCAUUUUGUGACAUCCUAAUGUGGUUGCCUUUUAAAAAUGUAUUCUGUAUGUAGAUAUAUUCUUGUAUUUAAUGUAGAUGUAACUUAUGUUUAUUUGUGAUCUCUAAUGUAGAUUUACAUUAUUUGGCAGUUAUUUACUGAGCAUCUACCAUGUGUCUGAUAUAUACUCAGAGGGGAGUUCUUUCAGGAUGGUGCUGUGCUGUAAACUGUAGAGUGCCGUGAGUUAGCAGCUUACUUUUAAAUUUGUAUUUAAAUCCUUUUAGGUAAUGUACCCAUGACAUUUUUUCUCUUCCCACUUCUUCACUAUCAGAACUUUUAGCCAGAUGUGGCAGCACACACCUAUAAUUCCAGGCCUUGGAGAACUGAGGCAGGAGGAUUGCAAGUCUCAGGCCAGCUUGGACUACCUAAUGAGACCUUGUCCAUCUCUUAUCUCUCCCCCCACCGCCCCACCAUGCCCUGAUCCUACUAAGUCUUCUAGUUAAUGCACAUUAAAGUGGCUUUAAAUUAUACCCUAAACCCUCCUGGCUACCUCCCUUAAUGAAGAAAUUACAAAUGUGGUUGGAAAACCUUAGAGUGAAAGUUAGUAGAACAAAGCAUUUUGCAUAGCUCGUAUUUUAUAUGCCAAAUAUGCUUUAUAGAAAUGGCAGAAAUUCUGAUUCUUAAACCUUCGAGAAUAUUAAUUUUAAUAAAUAUUUAUUCUGAGUGUGAA